AUGAACAAUAAAGCAAAAUCUUUUGGAGGAGGUUUACAUAUAUAAUUAUAAUCUUCUGGCAUUAAUAUUAAUAAAGCGAUUAUAAUUAGAAAUACAGCUAGAAUAGGAGGAGGAAUAUAUUUAGAUGCGGAUUUUAAUCUAAAUAAUAAUAAUUUUUUUGAAUCAUUAUUAUGGUUUAAUACUGCUGAAGAAUAUGGGAAUAAUAUUAAAGAAAUACCAAAUCAUCUAACUUUUGUUAUUAAUUAAAAGGAAAACCCUUCUAAACCUGUUCUUUUUAAUAAUGAAUGGAUAAAUAAGUUAGAUUUAAAAAGAUACAGAAUGACAGAAUAAGGAAACUAGAUCUCUACUAAAGAUUUAUUGAUCCCAAGCAAUUAGGUAUUGAAAAAUUUUAAGAUUUUUGAUAUACAUAGUUCUAAUUUUAAACCUUUUAUUGAAGAUAUUAGCUUGGUUUUUAAAAAUAGCAGAAAUGAAAAAAUGGAUAAUUUAUUUAAUUCAUCUUGUGAAGUAAAAAGAAAGAUAAUAGAAAAAGAUCAAUAAGAAUAAGUAGAAGAAGUUAAUUAAAUUUUAUUUUUUAACAAUGAAAAAAAUUCUUUUGAUUUUGGGUCAUUAUCUUUUAGUUUGGAUCCAUAUUAAUAAAAUUACAGCCAUUUAUAGAUUGAAAUAAGCUGCUAAAUAAAAGAGUCGACAUAAAAAUUGAAAUAUAUACUUAAUGCAAAGACCCUAAAAUGUUAAUUGGGAGAAUUUUAUGUUGAUAAUGGAUGCCAAAUUUGUUAAUCAAAACGAGGGUAUUAUUCUGUAACAUAUAAUGCAACAAAAUGCUCUAUUUUUAAUAAAGAUAAAUACUCUGAUAUAACCUCAAAUAUGAUAUAAUUGCUUCCAGGAUUUUGGAGACCUAAUAAUUUUUCUGAUCUUGUGGAACCUUGUUUCAAGAAUCCUUUAUUUUGUAAUGGUGGAUGGUAGGUAUCGCAUUAUACAUGUAGUUUAGGCCAUAUAGGAGCCUUAUGCGAAGAAUGUGAUAUAUAUAAUAUUAGGGGUCAUGGAAAUUAUUUUAAAAACUAAUGGGAUUAAUAUUGUAUAAAAUGUUAAUUUUAAUGGAGAAAUAUAUUACCAUUUUUAAUAGGCUGUCUUUGGUAUAAUAUUUCAAAUAAUUAUAGGACGUUAAUAUCUAUAUCAAUGUCAUUAAGAAGUAUCUCUAGAUCUAACUCAUUAUAUAAAUCACUAAUAAUUGCUUAAAAAUUUAGUAAAAUACUAUUUAAACUAAAUUAAGGUAAACAAAUUAAAUAAAUUUUAGAUCAAGAGAGCAUCUAAUUAAAAAUGUUGA